AUCCACCACCAUCACCUCCACUUCACGUCUUUCGCUCGUCGGCGGAGGGUUAGCAGGAAAGGGUUAGCAGGUCGAGGGUUGAGAGGUUUUUGAAGAAAGCAGAUCAGAAGAGGCAUUGUAUUUAAGUAAAAUGGCGUAUCAGUUUCCUAGGAAGGGGUGUUUCAAGUGCGGCAACUUGGGGCACAUCGCCGAGAACUGUUCGUCCGACCAGCGGCUGUGCUACAACUGCCGCCAACCUGGCCAUGAAUCGUCCGCCUGCCCUUCUCCCCGCACUGUCUCUGCGAAGCAGUGCUACUCGUGCGGCGGUGUAGGACAUAUCCAAGCGGAAUGUCCUAGUCUCCGUCUCCAGGGUGGGAAUCAGAAGUGCUACAACUGCGGUCGCUUUGGACACAUCGCACGGGUUUGCCCCAACGGCGCAGGGGGUGGAAUGGGAUUCGCUUCCCGUGCUCCUCCCCCUGGCCGCGGCCUCAAUACGUCUACACUUCCCCCUGUGAAGUGUUACCGUUGCGGCGGGCCAAACCACAUGGCCAGGGACUGCCUCGCUGCCUCUGGCACUCUCGCUGACGGCAUCAACGGUCUUCCGGCGGCAAGUCUGAACAAGACCAAGACAUGUUACAAGUGCCAGCAGGAGGGACACAUCGCCAGAGAAUGCCCCGAGAACACCGAUUACGUCGCCUAAACCAAAGUAUGCGCGGACUGGUUCUUCUGCAUGCGUCGUCUGGGGGGGAGGAUAGGCAUCAAGCGAGAUUCGGCAGAGUGUUCUGUUGUGAAUUAUUUUUCUUCUGACCGCUGUAUAGUCUUGUGCCUCGAAUAUUGGACAGCAUCAGCUUCUGCACCAGUUAUUCGGCAUCUAUGCUUCCGAAGCUUCGGCAAUGUAUGUUCGUGGCCAUGAGAUGUCUUGAUUUGGUCGAGAUAUGAAGACCUUUGCAAGUCAC